GCCAAAAAUAACACCUCCUCUUGUUCAGCACCCAAAGUCGAAGGAUAGCUCUGGCCUUUCAAUGGAAGAAAGUGCUAGAUUUGUCAGCGUUGUAUAAUAUAACCGAUUCUCAGUGUCCAUAUUUGUUUUGGAACGAUCGGAAUAGUCUGUAUUUAAUGUGAGAGACAGAACUGGCGUCAAACAUGCGUAAAAAUCAACGCUGUCCAAGCAGGGAACCACCGAGAAAGGAAUUAUCGCCGCUCAUCUGAGGCCAAUCUCCAUUAUUUUUUGUCAAAUAAGGAAACAUAACAUAGCUAGCUAGCUCACGUUAGCUCCGUAGAUAGCCAGGUUAACGACAUAUCUUCACACAAAAGCAGAAUCCAGCAGAUCAUCAAGAUUGGAUCAACAUUCGCAUAACAGCAGGAAAACCUAUAGGCAGCAAUGGGUGCAUUCCUGGACAAGCCGAAGACGGAGAAGCAUAGUGCCCACGGUGAGGGCAAUGGGCUGCGCUAUGGCCUGAGCUCCAUGCAGGGCUGGCGGGUGGAGAUGGAGGACGCCCACACAGCUGUGGUGGGCCUCCCCCACGGACUCACCGACUGGUCCUUCUUUGCUGUUUAUGAUGGCCACGCAGGCUCCCGGGUUGCCAACUACUGCUCCGGCCACCUGCUGGAACACAUCUUGUCAGGAGGGGCCGACUUUAGUUCAGGAUCCGGCUCCGUGGAGGGCGUGAAGGACGGCAUCCGCUCGGGCUUCCUGAACAUUGACGAGUACAUGCGCAGCUUCUCUGACCUGCGGCAGGGCCUGGACCGCAGUGGAUCCACAGCUGUGUGCGUGUUGCUCAGCCCGACCCACCUCUACUUCAUUAACUGCGGCGACUCGCGGGCCGUGCUGAGUCGAGACAGCAAGGUGGGCUUCUCCACCCAGGACCACAAGCCCUGCAACCCCCGCGAAAAGGAGCGCAUCCAGAACGCUGGCGGCUCAGUCAUGAUCCAGAGGGUAAACGGCUCCCUGGCUGUGUCCCGGGCCCUGGGGGACUACGACUACAAAUGUGUGGAUGGUAAGGGCCCCACGGAGCAGCUGGUGAGCCCUGAGCCUGAGGUGUGCGUGCUGGAACGGGCGGCCGAAGGAGACGAGUUUGUGGUGCUGGCAUGUGACGGAAUCUGGGACGUCAUGUCCAACGAGGAGCUGUGCGAGUUUGUCCGCUCACGACUCCUGGUGUGUGAUGACCUGGAGAAGGUCUGUAACUCAGUGGUGGACACCUGCCUGCAUAAGGGGAGCAGAGACAAUAUGAGCGUGGUGUUGGUGUGUUUACCCGGAGCCCCCAAGAUCUCAGAGGAGGCUGUGAAGAAAGAAGAGGAAUUGGAUAAAUACCUGGAGACCCGUGUUGAGGAGCUGCUGGGGAACUGUGGGGAGGCGGGAGUCCCUGACCUGGUGUCUGUCCUGAGGAGCAUUGCCACAGAGAACAUCCCCAACCUUCCACCCGGCGGAGGCCUGGCCAGCAAACGGAGCGUGAUCGAGGCGGUGUACAACAAGCUGAACCCUCACAGAGAAGAGGAAGGGAAUGCCGGUGAGCUGGAAGACCCCUGGUAGCCGUGGCAACGACCCCGUGUCUCCUCCCCCGGUGAUCGGUGCGUCCGCCCAGAGGAGGAGUGUCUCUCCAUUGCGCCAUGUCUUUCUCCACUAAAAAGAGGACAUGUGGUGUGUGUUGGAGUGCGUGAGUGUGCGUAUGUUGGUUGUGCAUGUGUGUGUGUGUGUGUGUGUUUGCAGCAGUGGGACAAAAGACGACAACAACAACAACUACACACACACGCAGACCGCUUUAAACCUGGAGGGAAAAAAAUCACUUUUCAGAAAUGUCAAGAUUUUAUGAACUGAAGCAUUGUGAUGGUAGAGAUGAUUUUUACCAUUGAGGUGUUUUUUUUUUUUUUUGUUUUUUUGUUUUUUUCUUUUUCUUUUCUUGAAUGUUGACGUUGAACACCUGACUUCACAAUGACAUGAGGACCUUGUGUGAGUGUGUUUGUGUGUGCAAGAGAGAGCUGGUGUGUGAGAGUGUUUUUUUGAGGAGGGCCAAGAGAAGACAGAUGGUGGAUAAAGACUUUGUAUGUAAUUCUUCUUCUCCUGGACUUUUUUUUUUUUUUUUUUUUUUUUUUUUUGUGCUCCUGGGUCUGAUAAUUGCCUAACACCCUUGCUUCUCCCCUCUUAAAAGACACACACACUCUCUUUAACACACACAGGCACACCAAAAACCCAUAAAC